AUUUGAAUGGCUGAGCCAUUUAAAGAUGAAGGAAAGAACUGUGACUUGAAAUUUCCCAUCAACAGCACCAGGACAGCUGACUAAGGAAGGCAUGCAGUCCAACAGCCCGGUCCUCCGUUCGCUGGCCCGUCUUCGUCCUGACAUGACCCUGGAGGAUGGGGUCCCCCGUGCUGUGCAAGAAUGGGAGCACAGCAGCAACUUUGAGCGCAUGAUCUUCUAUGAAAUGGCGGAAAAGUUCAUGGAGUUUGAAGCAGAAGAGGAACAGCAGAUCCAAAAGAUGAAGCUCCUGGCCAGCUGCUCCCAGUUCCAGGCCCCCAAACCCACAAAGAUGCCUACAUCCCCUGCCCCCGAGUCUGGGCAACAACAAGUUUACAUCCCCAAGAAGUCAGCCUCCAGGAGCCGCCAGCCCCGGCGUCGCCAGCGUCGCCCACCCAGUGCCUCUGUCCCAGGAGCACCACGGGAGAUCCCUGCUGAGGCAGUGCACCAGUAUGCUGAGAUCAUGGAAGGCCUGGACACUAGCUGGGAGGAAGAGGAGGAGGAGAGGAAGGAGCCAGGGGUCUGCAGAGGCCCCCAAGAUCAGGACGAUGUGGUAUUUCCAGAUCCCGCCCUGCUCCAGUAUAUUGAUCAGUUGUGUGACAACGAAGAAUUUGUCUGCAAGGUUGAAGCAGUCAUCCACCCACAAUUUAUGGCUGACUUACUGUCUCCAGAGAAAAGCCAAGACCCCUUGAAUCUGCUGGAGGAAUUGGCAGAGGAGCUCAACUUAACACCCAACCAGCUAACAGAGAAGAGACUUCUGGCCCUUUCUGAAGAAGAAAGGGAGCCCUCUGUCUGCCCCACCUCUCAUUCCGACUCCACCCCCUCUCAGUCUGAAGAAGAGGAUGAGGUCAGUGGCAAUGGCAAAGGAGAAGACCCUUCGCAUCAAGCCAUAAGGAAGCCUUCCACUAACAAGAGCAUUAGGAGCAGUCAGCCAGAACUGUCCAAACCAGUCAUUAAUUUUCCGCUGGCAUUGCAUUCGCACCAGCAACUAGGAGAUAGAGAAUUUCCACAGAAGUGUUUCAGAGAUGCAACGAGUUCAUGUCCUCAUGAACUAGGCAGUCAUGACUCUCAGGAAAGAAAUCUGCCAUGCUCCCUGAGGAACACAGAGGAAGGGGAUAACAGGAGCUUCCAGGGACAAGCCCAGGUCCAGGGUCACAUCGACCAAAUUCUUCCUCAUGUCCAAUGGGUCAGUUUGGAAGCUGCUCCAAACAAAACAGGAAAUAGUCUGACUAAGAACUUUGGGGCACAAGAGGAUAGCAAGGCAGGACGAGAAAUUUCAGUACCUUAUACCAUGAAAUGUUCAAAGCAAGAUGGCAGUCAAGAAGGAAAGGUCAAGGGUCAAGAGGAACUUCCUACAAGUAGAGAACAGGGCAGCCAUGGUGGCAUGGCACAGUUCCAGAACAGAAUUCAGCUAUCUUGGACCAACCUAGAAUCAGACCACAAAAAAUGUGGAAAGCAAGUUGGUAGCCAACAAGGAGAGAACAAAUGUCCAGAGAAGUCUCAGGCUACCUGGGAAGUACAGGUAGCUGCACCAAAAGAGACCGACAAUGGUAGUCAAGGCCAAAACAAAAUACUAUUAGGGGAGCAUGCCUCAGGUGAAAGGGCUCUAAAACUUUCCUUGAAUGGACAUGAGGAUCUAAAUGUUGACAUUGCAGAAGAGGUCAUAGAUCAAUUCCAAAUUCAUGAUAGUAGGAAAUCUGAGGAUACCACACAUGAAACAGAACUUGACUGUCAGGGUAAGGAGCAGGGACAAAAAGGAGACAAGCAGGGUAAACAAGGUAGUCAGGAGCUCUUGCAACUUGAAUGUGCAAACCAAGAUGGUUGUCAAGGCAAGGAGGUCAAAGAUAUAUAUCAGGUCCAGGCUAUUUUGGCAUGGCCUAAUUCUACACGUAAUGGAACUGCAACACAAUUUGGAAGCAAGCACCCAUGCAGCCAAAGCUUAGAAACACAAGACAGUCUAACACUGGCCCUUCCUCGACCUGGAAAUGAACUUGCUAGCCAAGAAGCAAAAGUCAAAUGUCAGAAGAAGCCACAAGUCAAUUGGAAGCAAGCAAAGACUGCAUCUUUAAAAGAUGACAGCUCAAACAAGAGUAGAAAGCUUUCUGAAGAUAAGGUUGCAUUGCACAAACAGCCAAUGGCCACUAAGCGAGAUGGCCAUGAAUCAACUGACCCACCUGUGAUGGUAACUGAUCAGGAAAUCAACUUAAAGUCGCAUGUUGAACUCAGCAGACAAAACGAGCAGCAGUUGACUUUAGCUCAUUCUAGUGGGGUAGAGGUGCUUGAAGAGCGACCACAAGACUCUGGUCCUGAAAAGCCACCGUGUUUCACUUUUUCUGAAGAGGAGUCUUCAUCUUCUCAUUUCCAGAAGGGCUCUGAGAGCUCCCAGAAGUCUCGGCAGGUACUCAUGGACCAUUGCAAGAACACUCCUUUGUUUGAAAACCUACCAGAUGACAAACAGGACCUCAAGUCCACUCUAAAUCCUUCGGGCUGCAGCAUCAUGAUUGAGACUGAUGGAGCCAGCUGCAGUCCCAGUGAUCACACUCGUGUUCCUACCACUCCUAGCAAAGAAGUAGCAAGCAUUCCACAACUCAGCCUUCAAAAAAACAGCACCAACCAUGAAAAUGAUGAAUCCAGCCAGAGACUGGAGUCUAGUGAUCUGCCAUCUUCCAAAGUCUACCAGGGGCCAGUGCGUUCAAAGUCAGACAUGCAAAACCUGAGUAAGGUGAGAGGAGAUCUGCUCGAGAGCAUCCCUGCAGCCAGUAAUAAAAAGCUUCCAGAACUCCCUGCAAGAAGUAUGGAAGGCAUUCUUAAAGAAGAGGAGGAAGAGGAGGAGGAGGAAGAGGAUGAAGAGUUAUCCAGUUUCUCCUCCUUGCUUGCCUCCAAACUCAGCCUCUCACCCCAUGGUUGUCAUCUACCUCUCACAACAGGUGGAGAGGACACAAAGCGUUCUCCUCCCACAGAUUCUGGGAAGCAAAGUUCUAAGAUGAGGCAUUCCAUCCAGGGGCAGAUGCCCCAGAAUUCUCCUCCUCUACCAGACAACACCCAGGAAUCCAACCUGGCAGCCCACCGUAGCCACAAGAGAAAAAGCAGUAACUCAGGUCCUCGGAGGAGCAAGCGCCUUCGCAACCAAUAACUGAGCUUCUUUUCAGCAGGAGGCUGACGCUAGCAAACGCUGCCAAACGUCAGCAAAAUUUGUCCUUGCUGCUCCCAGUACUGUCAUAUUCACCACCCUGAGACUUCAUAGCCCCACUCUAACUGCACAAAUACUUCAGCUGACAACUGUGCUAGAAUGCAUGGAUUGGUUUGCACUCUGUCUAGAUGCACUUCUCAUGGAACAGCAGAGAGCCAUUUCUUCCCAGUUUGUAACAAAUUAAAGAUGUUUUGAAUCACA